AUGACAACAUCCUAUUUGUACGACUAUGUUCUCAGUCCGUUCUAUGAUUGGCUGGCUGCAUUGAUCUGGCCCGAUUGGGUUCAUCCCAAUGCCAUAACCCUUAUUGGGGGCAUGUUUGCUGUUGCUGCUUCCUACUUUAUCCAAAAUAAUAGUGGACAGUCUGGCUGGGCUUGCCUGUUGUUUACAAUGUACCACAUGUGUGAUAACAUGGAUGGCAAACAUGCCCGUCGAACUGGCCAAACAAGCAAAUUUGGAGGGGUUCUCGACCAUUUCGUGGACGGAACCAUGGGCAACAUUGCAGGGUUCAGCAGCUUGGCUCUCUUUGGUUUCGGUGUUACACCAGAUGAUACUGUUUUCUGGCAGGCCAUACAUGGCUACUACUGUCUCUGGUUGGCACCUCAUGUGGUUGCACACUUCAGUGGAACCUUGGCCCUAGGCACAAAGUAUAUCUCCAUUGAUGAAGGCUUUAUCACAACUUCGCUUGUACUAUUUUAUGCUUGGGUCAGUGAAGGGGACAUUGUGUUGCUGAAGGGCAAGUGGUAUGCCGAGCAAAUUGCAUUGGUUUUUCAGGUGUUGUCCAUUUGCUAUGGGACCCUACUGUCGGCUUACCACUGGCUUAAGCCCAGGCAGCCAACAGAAAAGCAGCAAUCAGAAAAGAAUAAUUCUGUGUGGAAGCAUCUUUCAUUGAUGAUUUUCAUGCACUUCUGGUUGCAUGGGAUUCUUUAUCCUUACUCUGACUUUUUCCAUUUCUACUUGACUUGGGUACCAGUGAUGGGCAGUGUUCUUUUUACCGCGAGGGACUAA